GGCCCUAGUGCUAUGACAGCCACCUGAGUAUUAUUAUUAUUAUGGACUGUUGUUGACUUUGAAAGCCAACGCUAGAUAUCAAACCAUUUGCGGGCAGUUAUGUCAACAAUCUUACCCCAAUAUUGCAGUGGCUAAUAAAACUUCUCAGUUUAACCCUAUGAAUUCUUACAUUAAUUAACCCCUAAAGAGCCAUGUAAACUAGCAGGAAUAACCCUUUAGCAUAUCCCAAGAUCUGUAAAGGCCCUGAGAUUAACUUCUUCAAGACUUCCACUCUCUCCGAGGAAAUGAGGACACCUCUCUAAUAUGGACACUUUCUUCCUUCCCAUUGGUGUCCAGAUUUUAACCCCUGGAUUUUAACCCCUGGAUAACUGCUGUAAAGGGGUUUUAACUUAAAAUGACGGAGUCAGACACCAGCUGCAGUCCGGAGCAUGGUAACGGGCUCUCUUCCAUCUCACACCACUGCAUUCUUCAUGCCGUUCAGGCUAUCGCGCCGCGGAAAGGGAUCAGUGAGCUACUGCCCCAGUCAGGGUCACACAACAUCAGGUCCUUCUGCAAGGAACUCGCUCAACUCGCUCGAAACUCGUCAAGCGAGAAACUCCUGUUUACAAUCGAGGAGGAACUGGUCCAGCCGAUCGCCAUCCAGAACUUCUUCUCGGGAGUAACCAGCGAGCACAAUUUCACCAGCACCAUUGAAAAGGCUCUGGUCGAAGCGACAAACGUCGCGGGAAUCGAUUUGGGCAAACUGCACCGCACCUGCUGGGAAUAUUACAGGGAGGCGAAAAAAGGCGAAAUUUCGUUUCCGAAAUGGCUGACGAGUGCCUGCAUGUUCCGAUUGUGGCUGACGUUUAAUCAGUGCCUUGACUGACGGGGACACUUGCGUCAUGGCAACCGUUACCAUGAACGAGAUUCUUCACCGUAUCAUCGUCCUGUGCAGCUACACGUGGAAUGACAGUUAUGGAGUUAAAGAGGCGGCAAGGGGGGCGGGGUUUACGUACCCGGAAUUUCUGGAAUGCAUCACCGACUACUUCGAGAUGUUCAAACUUAGCACUUCUCUCACUGCUGAGGUGAUAUCUGACCUAGAAGACGAGAUAGUGAACGGAGUCCUAAAGAAGGGGUACCUGGAAAAGAAAGGUCACGUCCGUCGUAACUGGCGACGACGAUGGUUCAUUCUCAAGAGGACCAUCCUCUCCUACUAUUCCACCGACAAGAAGGUCUUCAAGGGAGAGUUGGUUCUGAAUGCCCAGACAAAGGUCAACUCCCUGGACGACAAGGGUAGCCGGAGGAACAUGUUCCUAGUUACCUGCGGAGCCACAGAGAAGCCAUUCACCAUCUCCGCCGACGACCAGAAGAUGAAACACGAUUGGAUGCUCGCCAUCAGAAAAGCCAUAGCUCUAGCAAAGGUGGCAGAAGGAGAGCCUCACGCACAGGAGAGGCGAGAACUGGAACAAGCUCUGUCUGGUUUCUUCCUCCUGAAAUACGGGACGGACCAACCGCUCCUUCGUCGCCAAGACAGCGACAUACAACACAUGAAACACCACACGACAAAGAGAAAGUUCCGGAACAUCGAGAAGAUUACCAAGGAGCUCGAGGCCACGCCCACCGGCCACGCCCACUCAGAGGAGGACGACGAUGAGAGAGAUGAUUACGUACCCAUGAAACCGGGAUACACACACGAGGGAGAUUCGAGCACCUCAGAUGAAGAUGGGUACUGUCACAUGGAGAAAGUGAAACUCAACGGUACGUCAGUUGCUAGCAGCAGUAGUGGACCGGUCACUCCCUUGACCGUCGGCUCCGACAGAACUUUAAAUUUUCCCCUCCCCAUCUCCGGGAAAUUCGGUAGCCAAGACGACGUGUUUAACCCCGACGGAACGGGGUUAAAGAGCCCGGACAGACCGGCCCAGCAGCUGCCAAAGGCAGACCCAGCUGCCAAGAGAGAGAAAACCGGUUUGGAGACUCGUUUUACGAGGAAUGUGGGCCGGAGCCGGCGCGCUACAUUCCUGGAGACAGAUAUGUAGACAUCAAACAUAACACGGACAGCGUUUUUGAGGAGUCUCAGUCGCCUCCAAAGACCACACCCACUGACUCCGCCCACCCACAGCAAGAGUCUUACCUCACCAUCCUCCCCUCCCCGAAAGCCACACCCCCUCCUGAGGACUUCCCGAGCCCCACCCACCCCACCAACGGUCCCCCCGUCCCUCCUAGAAGAUGGGUAUAUACACAUUUGAACCCUAUAUUUCAUCAAUCGCACGAGUUUUAGCAGUGGGUUCCAGCCAAUUUUUCUUAUGUUUGUGAUUUUCAGGCACCGUGCACCAUAAUAAAAGGCAUGGAAUAUUAAUUAUUUAACUGUAUUUUUGGGAAACUUCCAUUUCAUCUGUUUGUAAUUUUCAGUGCAGCAAAUGAGUUACGUACGUGUAGUUCACUUGUGUUUAGACCCAGUGGACACCUGGAGUUUCCUCUCUUUCUCUCUCCUCUCUUUCUCUCUCCUCUCUCCCUUCUUUCCCACUCCUC